CGGCGACUAUAUUAGCGACUGGCUCGCACGAGCGGCGCUCAGUUUUUUGAGGGUAGUUAGUUGGACAACGGCGUUGCCGAAAACGGGCCACCUCAGCUGCCGCACAAUACAUUUUUGGCCAUGUACAUAAAAGAAAAGCCGUUUAAAUCAUAAACACAAAAUGCAAUUAGCCAGCGAGCGCACGCCACGAAAGUCAACAAACUAACUAAGCCAGUGUCAUCAACUAAAUUAGUGCAAGCAGCAAGCAGCCAGCCGACCGGAACCGGAAAUGCCCAUUGAGCCGCCUGACAACAACCACGAACACAGUCACAAUCGCAAUCGCAGUCACCAGCACCAUUGCAUUGGCAACGGCCAUAAGGACGAGCAACAAAUCGCCCACACACACAUGUAGUUGCAGCGCGAGUGCGUCAGUGUGUGCGGGCUCUGAAAACCGGAAGCGGAAGUCGGGGAGCAGCAAGAGGAUUAACCGGAGAAGGAGGAGCAGGAGCAGCAGCUAGCUUAGCCAGUUUUUCAUUCGCCCGCAGUUCGUUAAGGAAAAUCAUUCAAAAUUCAUCGCCUAAGCAAAGCGGAUGCCGCACAAGAAAGAGAAAGAGAGAGAGAGACAGAGAGAGAAAGUGGCGAAUAGAUCAAUCAAUUAAUCAAUCAAAACCGAGCAUAUCAACCGAGAGGCCAAUACCAACCAGAGAACCGAAAUCAAAGUUCAACGUUGCAUUUAAGGUUGCACCCGGUAGCCCAGUUCAACUCCAACUGCAAACUCCGGUUCCACGUACCACAUUCCACUUGCACCCCGUGUGUGAUUGCAUGCCGCGGAUGAGCCGCGGAUUAUGUCACGUGACGAAUAUAAUCCAGUAACUAGCUCUGGUGUGCGCAGUCCGGGUCGCGUGCGGCGUCUCCAGGAAUUGCCGACGGUCGAUCGAUCCCCAUCCCGGGACUACGGAGCGCCACGCGGAAGUCCUCUAGCAAUGGGCAGUCCAUACUACCGCGACAUGGAUGAGCCAACCAGUCCGGCCGGAGCGGGUCACCAUCGCAGCCGGAGCGCCAGCAGACCACCGAUGGCCCAUGCCAUGGACUAUCCAAGAACCCGCUACCAAUCGCUGGAUCGCGGCGGACUCGUUGAUCCCCACGAUCGCGAGUUCAUACCCAUUCGGGAGCCCCGCGACCGCUCCAGGGACAGAUCCCUCGAACGGGGCCUGUACCUAGAGGACGAGCUCUAUGGCAGAUCAGCGCGCCAGAGUCCCAGCGCCAUGGGUGGAUACAACACGGGCAUGGGGCCCACAUCGGAUCGAGCUUACUUGGGCGACCUGCAGCACCAGAACACCGACCUGCAGCGGGAGCUGGGGAACCUCAAGCGGGAACUGGAGCUGACCAACCAGAAGCUGGGCAGCUCGAUGCACAGCAUCAAGACCUUCUGGUCGCCGGAGCUCAAGAAGGAGCGGGCUCUUAGGAAGGAGGAGAGCGCCAAGUACAGUCUGAUCAACGAUCAGUUGAAGCUGCUCAGCACGGAGAACCAGAAACAAGCCAUGCUGGUGCGCCAGCUGGAGGAGGAGCUGCGCCUGCGGAUGCGACAGCCCAACUUGGAGAUGCAGCAGCAGAUGGAGGCGAUCUACGCGGAGAACGACCACUUGCAGCGGGAGAUCAGCAUCCUGCGCGAGACGAUCAAGGAUCUCGAGUGCCGGGUGGAGACCCAGAAGCAAACACUGAUUGCCCGCGACGAGAGCAUCAAGAAGCUGCUGGAAAUGCUGCAGGCCAAGGGAAUGGGCAAAGAGGAGGAGCGCCAGAUGUUCCAGCAGAUGCAGGCCAUGGCCCAGAAGCAGAUGUACAAUAACUACACGGGCGCCAGCGGAAGCAGUCCUCCAUUGCCGGACAUUAUUGGCCAGUACUACGGGCCGGGAAGUCUGGGUCCCGGCCCCCUGUCCUACGGCUCGGGCAAUGGUUACGGCCCGCCCGGCUACGAUUUGUACGGCCCCUCGACCUCGACGGCAGCUGGUGGAUACGGACUGUACGAUCCCCAGAUCUACGGACCGUGCCAGCAAACCUCGCCUAUCCGGAGAAGGCGCUACAGCAUUGCCGGCCUGCCCUCGGCCACCAUGUACAAUGAUGUCUACGGCUAUCCGGCACCUCCGCUCCAGCAGACCAGCUCCUCGAACAUUGUGAAUCUGUUGAACGAGGCACACAAGUCGAUAUCGCGCAGCUCGCAGAUCCUGAAUCUCACUAAUCAGGCCCGUCAAUUGGGUCAGCUGGUGACCACGCCACUGGGUGGAGGCGGAGUUGGCAUGGGCCUGGGUCGAGUGGUCUCCAGUUACCCCACCCUGCAUCCGGGAGACACCUCGCCGCCGUACCUCAACGAUAACCUCAUGCAGAUGUCCACGAGCUUCUCCUCGCAGCCCAACAUGUACUUCCAGCCGCAGGCGCAGGUGCUGCCCACCCAGCUGACGGCGGCCCAGAGUGCCGCUGCAGCGGCUGCCCGACUGCGUCCGGCGUACUCCGUAACGAACCUGGUGUCCAGCUACCCGACGACGACCGCGGCGGGCUAUGGCUGCAAGUACGGGGGCUACGGGAAUCCGUACCAGACCGAUCUGGGCUACGGCAAUCCCCUGGCCCCCUUCCAGCAGCGCCAGCUGAUGGCCCACCAGUCGCUGCACGCCUCCAAUCCCGCCAUUUCGCAGUACUACCAGAACCAGGCAGGCGCAUCCGGAACGGGAGCCUCGGCUGCCGCCCUGGCCUACAACCUGCAGCAGCAGUUCGCGGGAACGCAACACUACGGCGGCGGAUCCCAAGGACCGCCGCUGGGACACUCGCACAUCCAGGCGUCGGUGCAGCAGCAGAUGCAUCCGCAGUACCAGUACCAUGUGCACCAGCACCAGAACCAUCUGCAGACACAUCCGCUGGCGGCGCUGGCCAACACGAGCGGUCCGUUCGGAGGAACGCUGGCCAGCAGUGCCAGGGACUAUGUGGAUGGACUGCAUCAUGCGGCCCACUCCCAUACGCAUCCGCAUACGCAUCCGCAUUCGCAUCCGCACCACUCCUCGCAUCAUUCGCAUCACACGGCAUACCCGCACUCGCAUUCGCACCAUCAGCAGCAGCAGCCGCAUCAAGCCCACCAUCACCACCAUCUGCCAUACUCGAAACUAGACUUAGAUUACCCGAAACUGCCGCAAGAGCAUAAGCGACAACUGGACGAAUUCCGUCUUGAAAUACAGAGAAGGGAUCAAGAGAUCCUGGCGAUGGCGGCCAAAAUGAAAACCCUCGAGGAGCAGCACCAGGACUACCAGCGGCACAUAGCGGUGCUCAAGGAGUCGCUAUGUGCCAAAGAGGAGCACUACAACAUGCUGCAGACGGACGUCGAGGAGAUGCGCGCCCGCCUCGAGGAGAAGAACCGCCUCAUCGAGAAGAAGACCCAGGGCACCCUGCAGACGGUCCAGGAGCGCAACCGCCUCACCAGCGAGCUCACCGAGAUCAAGGACCACAUGGACAUCAAGGACCGCAAGAUCAGCGUGCUGCAGCGCAAGAUUGAAAACCUGGAGGAUCUGCUGAAGGAGAAGGACAACCAGGUGGAUAUGGCGCGGGCACGUUUGUCGGCCAUGCAGGCGCACCACAGCAGCUCCGAGGGCGCCUUGACCAGCCUGGAGGAGGCCAUCGGCGACAAGGAGAAGCAGAUGGCCCAGCUGCGGGAUCAGCGGGAUCGCGCAGAGCACGAGAAGCAGGAGGAGCGGGAUCUUCACGAGCGCGAGGUGGCCGACUACAAGAUCAAGCUGCGGGCCGCCGAGAGCGAGGUGGAGAAGCUGCAGACGCGCCUGGAGCGGGCGGUCACCGAGCGGGAGCGGCUGGAGAUCAAGCUGGAGGCCUCGCAGAGCGAACUGGGCAAGUCGAAGGCUGAGCUGGAGAAGGCCACCUGCGAAAUGGGCAGGAGCAGCGCCGACUGGGAGUCCACCAAGCAGAGGAUCGCCCGCCUGGAGCUGGAGAACGAGCGGCUGAAACACGAUCUGGAGCGUUCGCAGAAUGUACAAAAGUUAAUGUUCGAAACGGGCAAGAUAUCGACAACCUUUGGCAGGACCACGAUGACCACGUCCCAGGAACUGGAUCGAGCCCAGGAGCGGGCCGACAAGGCCUCAGCGGAGCUGCGACGCACCCAGGCCGAGCUGAGAGUCACACAGUCGGAUGCGGAAAGAGCACGCGAGGAGGCGGCCGCCCUGCAGGAGAAGCUGGAGAAGAGCCAGGGCGAGGUGUACCGACUCAAGGCCAAGCUGGAGAACGCCCAGGGUGAGCAGGAGAGUCUGCGCCAGGAGCUGGAGAAGGCGCAGAGCGGUGUCUCUCGCAUCCACGCCGACCGCGAUCGGGCCUUCUCCGAGGUGGAAAAGAUCAAGGAGGAGAUGGAGCGCACCCAGGCCACGUUGGGCAAGUCGCAGCUGCAGCACGAGAAGCUGCAAAACUCGCUGGACAAGGCCCAGAACGAGGUCGAUCAUCUGCAGGAUAAGCUGGACAAGGCCAGCACGGAGAACCGCCGCCUGGUGCUCGAGAAGGAGAAGCUCACCUACGACUACGACAACCUGCAGUCGCAGCUGGACAAGGCCUUGGGCCAGGCCGCCAGGAUGCAGAAGGAGCGCGAGACCCUCUCCUUGGACACGGAUCGCAUUCGCGAGAAGCUGGAGAAGACGCAGGUGCAACUGGGUCGCAUCCAGAAGGAGCGGGAUCAAUUCUCCGAUGAGCUGGAGACGCUCAAGGAGCGCUCGGAAUCGGCACAGACCCUCCUCAUGAAGGCCGCCCGCGACCGGGAGGCGAUGCAAACGGAUCUGGAGGUCCUCAAGGAGCGCUACGAGAAGUCGCACGCCAUCCAGCAGAAACUCCAGAUGGAGCGCGACGAUGCGGUCACCGAAGUCGAGAUCCUCAAGGAGAAACUGGACAAGGCGCUGUACGCCAGCCAGAAGCUGAUCGACGAGAAGGACACCUCCAACAAGGAGUUUGAAAAGAUGCUGGAGAAGUACGACAGGGCCCAGAACGAGAUCUAUCGCCUUCAGUCCCGCUGCGAUACGGCAGAGGCGGACAGAGCCCGCCUGGAGGUGGAGGCGGAGCGAUCUGGUCUGGCUGCCAGCAAGGCUCGCGAGGAUCUGCGCAAGCUGCAGGACGAGAGCACCCGGCUGCAGGAGGCCUGCGAUCGGGCGGCGCUCCAGUUGAGCCGCGCCAAGGAGUGCGAGGACAAUGCGCGCAGCGAGCUGGAGCACAGUCGCGAUCGCUUCGACAAGCUGCAAACGGACAUUCGGCGGGCCCAGGGCGAGAAGGAGCACUUCCAGUCCGAGCUGGAGAGGGUCACCUACGAACUGGAGCGGGCACAUGCCGCCCAAACCAAGGCGGGCGCCAGCGUGGAGGCGGCCAAGGAGGAGGCGGCCCACUAUGCCGUGGAGCUUGAGAAAAUGCGCGACCGCUACGAGAAGAGCCAGGUGGAGCUGCGCAAACUGCAGGACACAGACACCUUUGGCCGGGAGACGCGCCGCCUCAAGGAGGAGAACGAGCGGCUGCGCGAGAAGCUGGACAAGACGCUUAUGGAACUGGAGACCAUCCGCGGCAAGUCGCAGUACGAGUCGGAGUCCUUCGAGAAGUACAAGGACAAGUACGAGAAGAUCGAGAUGGAGGUGCAGAACAUGGAGUCGAAGCUGCACGAGACCAGCCUGCAGCUGGAGCUAUCGAAGGGCGAGGUGGCCAAGAUGCUGGCCAACCAGGACAAGCAGCGAUCCGAGCUGGAACGGGCGCACAUCGAGCGGGAGAAGGCCCGGGACAAGCAUGAGAAGCUACUGAAGGAGGUCGAUCGUUUGCGCCUGCAACAGUCCUCGGUGAGCCCCGGCGAUCCGGUCCGAGCGUCGACGUCCUCCUCUUCCGCUCUGUCCGCUGGCGAGCGGCAGGAGAUCGACCGCCUGCGGGAUCGCCUUGAGAAGGCGCUGCAGUCGCGUGACGCCACCGAGCUGGAGGCCGGUCGCUUGGCCAAGGAACUGGAGAAGGCGCAAAUGCAUCUGGCCAAGCAGCAGGAGAACACCGAGUCCACGCGCAUCGAGUUCGAGCGCAUGGGUGCUGAGCUGGGUCGCCUUCACGAUCGCCUCGAGAAGGCCGAGGCUGAGCGGGAGGCACUGCGUCAAGCGAGCCGGAGCGGCGGAGCAGGCUCUGCCCCCCAUCCGCAGCUGGAGAAGCACGUCCAGAAGCUGGAGUCAGACGUCAAGCAGCUGGCCAUGGAGCGGGAGCAGCUGGUCCUGCAACUGGAGAAGAGCCAGGAGAUCCUCAUGAACUUCCAAAAGGAGCUCCAGAACGCAGAGGCGGAGUUGCAGAAGACGCGCGAGGAGAACCGCAAGCUGCGCAACGGUCACCAACUGCCGCCUGCCGCCGCUCCACCCGCCGGAGCCUCUCCCGCCGAGAUCCAGGCCAUGCAGAAGGAGAUCCAGACCCUCCAGCAGAAGCUCCAGGAGUCGGAGCGCGCCCUGCAGGCCGCCGGUCCCCAACAGGCCCAGGCUGCCGCGGCGGCGGGCGCGAGUCGCGAGGAGAUCGAGCAAUGGCGCAAGGUCAUCGAGCAGGAGAAGGGUCGCGCCGACAUGGCCGACAAGGCUGCCCAGGAGAUGCACAAGCGCAUUCAGCUUAUGGACCAACACAUCAAGGAUCAGCACGCCCAGAUGCAAAAGAUGCAGCAGCAGAUGCAACAGCAGCAGCAGGCGGCGCAACAGGCCGCGCAGCAGGCGGCGCAGCAGGCGGCGCAGCAGCAGCAGUCCGCAGCAAGUGCCGGCGGAGCGGACGCCAAAGAGUUGGAGAAGGUCAGGGGCGAACUGCAGGCGGCGUGCACCGAGCGGGAUCGCUUCCAGCAGCAGCUGGAGCUCCUGGUCACGGAGCUGGAGAAGAGCAAGAUGUCCAACCAGGAGCAGACAAAACAGCUCCAAACGGCGCAGCAGCAAGUGCAGCAACUGCAGCAGCAGGUACAACAGCUGCAACAGCAGAUGCAACAACUGCAGCAGGCUGCCAGUGCGGGAGCAGGCGCCACCGACGUGCAGCGCCAGCAGCUGGAGCAGCAGCAGAAGCAGCUGGAGGAGGUGCGCAAGCAGAUCGACAACCAGGCCAAGGCCACCGAGGGCGAGCGCAAGAUCAUCGACGAGCAGCGCAAGCAGAUCGACGCCAAGCGCAAGGACAUCGAGGACAAGGAGAAGAAGAUGGCCGAUUUCGACGUCCAGCUGCGCAAGCGCAAGGAGCAGAUGGACCAGCUGGAGAAGUCCCUCCAGACGCAAGGAGGCGGAGCGGCGGCCGCCGGCGAGCUGAACAAGAAGCUCAUGGACACGCAGCGGCAGCUGGAAGCAUGCGUCAAGGAGCUUCAGAAUACAAAGGAGGAGCACAAGAAGGCGGCAACCGAAACGGAGCGUUUGCUGCAAUUGGUACAAAUGUCGCAGGAGGAGCAGAACGCCAAGGAGAAGACCAUCAUGGAUUUGCAACAAGCCUUAAAGAUCGCUCAAGCCAAAGUCAAACAAGCACAAACGCAGCAGCAGCAACAGCAGGAUGCUGGGCCAGCUGGCUUCUUGAAGAGCUUUUUCUAAACAGUGCCCUCGCGAAGCCACAGACACACACAUCUAGUGAUGCAGAUGAGGCAAAAGGAUUUUACCCGUACUACUUACCCAAAGCGAUAAUGGAAAACCAAAAACAGCAAGAAGUUACCAAAAGCACUGUCUACUAUUUUGUAUACUACCGAUGCCGAUACCAAUACCAACUAUGCAGUAUUUCUACGACUCUCACACACAUACACUCUACACACACUGAAACACACAGGGACACACACACAUUUGUAAAUGACACUAUGUAAAUGCAAUGCGAAAGGCAUAUUAUUUGAUAUUUAUGUGUAUUGUGUAAUUAGGUUGCCGCUAUACUCAAAUUGUGGAUGCAUUUAAAAGUCAGCUCGUAUAGCGUACUUUGUAAACUCUCUUAACUCUCUCUAACUCACUAACUCAAUCCUUUUCGAACUCAAAAUCGAACUCAACUUAAAGUUUAUCGUUAGCCAAACACCAACUCCUUCUUAGCCCAAUUACCCCCACUCGAGAGUCCUUCUGUCCCUCACUCUUUCUCUGUCGCUCGGAUCUGCAGCACGUAGACUACGUCCUCGGGCACUGCAUCCCCAUCCCCAUCCCCAUCCACAUCCCCAUGCCCAUAUUUCCGUAGGACCCACCCAUUAGUCACUAGUUUUCCCACUGGGCGAAUGUUAUGGCAUUGAAGUUGAACGAGAAGAAAGGCAGCGAAGUAAUUGCAUUAAUUGAGUGCUGCAUUGGACCCAAAGUGCAGCAUGUACUUACAAUUAUCGACGAUAUAUACACACAUACAUAUAUAGUAUGUAUGCUAGCCUCUGUUAUAGUUAGUCAAACAUGAGCAUCCUACGCCCAUCAAUCACACUGUACAUAAGUCAUUCGCAUCGGACUCAUGGCGGAAAGGUAUAGAUACAGAUACGGAUACACUACGUAGAGCAAUACAUGAUAGACCACAGAUUAUACAAGUAUGAUAUAGAUACGAGUACCAUAUGUAAAAUUAUUGCGAUUAUAAAAUUAUAUUGCCUAGCCUUUAGCCGUGUACCGUGUACCAAAGAACUAUCACUGCAGACCCCAAAGGAAGAUCACUACCUACCAUUCAGCUAUUAUGGAUAUUAUCGAUAAAAUAAACUCGAACGUCAACUACAACAAGUGCAAUCUCUAUUUUAAUUAGUUAAAUCUACACGAUACCCCCACGUUCCUUAGCCCCCGACUAAAUAGAUCGAGUCCACUACGCAAGCUUUACCCAAGUCAGCUGUGAAUGCGCAUAGUAAGAGUAUAGUACUUGUAGUACUUAUUGUAGAUCGAUAGUUCCACUCUAGUCCAGGUCACUCGAAACGUUGCUUUUGGUUUAGAUAAGGAGCGAAAGUGUUAUUGUUAUCAGACAUGAAGGACUUAUGCCCCUGUAAUGCAUACAUAGCUAUAGAGGAAUAGUUGCGAAUGUGUACAAACUAUAGAGUACCAUAUUGACUAGCAUGAACUAGUGUUUUUCAUUUCGUUCCCUAUAAUUUAAACUUGAAGGAAGUAGAAAUCGAAGUGAAGAAGCAAGAAGAACGAAGUAUGGAGUUAUCACUGCCAGUGUAAGCAAGAAUGUUGAUAGAUGGGGAAAUGUAAGAUCCGAUUAAUCCUAGGGCCUAUCAUUAGUAUAUCAUUUGACUUUCGGUUACCAAAGAAACCAACCACGAAGACAUUCAGCAAGAGGCACACCACGAUCAUAUCAUACAAGCCUAUAUCAUAGCCCCAGAAACGAAGGAUAGCUGACCCUAGCGCUCUCAUUGUCCUCGGAUCCUUCCACCCAUUCUAGAACGAUCGAUUGUUGAAUUGGAAAAGCACCCUCGACCUUUUAGGUAAUCGAUUAACGACCAAGUAAACUACGAUAGAGCUGCACUCUCCGCUUUCUUUUCGGUUUCGCAAUCGUUCGAUUUGUGUACAUAAGUUAGGGUCCUGCUUUUCCUCUCGCCAAAUGAGUUCCCUAACAAGUUCCUAUACCAGGAACCUCGGGUUUUGGUGCGGCUGGAGGGCAGAAAGCCAUACGAGUUCGCGAGUCAAGUAAAAAAGUAAAAAGUAAAAGCUAGCAACAUCUUCGUGCUCGACAGAAGUGUACAUAGGUGUCUAGUUAUGUAAGCAUAACAGAAGCUGUAUAAUAUAUGAAAUAAUAUACUAUAUAUGAUAUACGAUAUAAUGUAAUCAUCAAUCUAUAUCCAGACCAUUGAGAACACGAGAACAAUUACUAUCGACAAAUCAAACCGAACAAACUUCACCGUAGGACACAUCACUUUGGCUACCGAAGGUGCAAACAAAUUACACACCACGUUGACAAUACAAUCACCCACAAAUACACGUUAACACUGAACACCCUUUGGAUGCCCCCAAUAUAUACCCCUCGAUUACGAUCCAUUGCCGCUAUAUGGAAGCCCACAUAUCCGAGUCGAGAUGGCGCUAAUCUCAUGUCCACUAAGCCCCCCAGAUAUCACAUACGCGAACCGACAUUUUGGGAGCGAUUUCUUGGUCACUCGAUUAGUAGGUCACAGGUCACUGGUUACCGGUCACUUUCACCUUCGAUCUUGAUCUCGAUUUGCAGUUAUAGAGGAAGAAACGUUUGCCUUUAACUACUUAACUUAACUUACCACGUAUCGUAUUGUUAGCCUAGAUAGUCUCAAUUACAGCAGCAGCAGAAGCAGCAGUGACGAACAAACUGAGAUUAAGAACAUGAACUAACGGUCUAUCUACUAUAGUAUUUGCCGUAACACUUUAAUCAUAUUAUCCCCGCCGUCGUGUACCCUACUUACAAAUACAAAUACGAAACUAUCGGAUAGCAAGGAAAGCUUCGACAACUUUUUCUAUACAAAUCUAGCGAACAUAACAAUAACAAGAGAUACAUAUAUGAUAAAACAGAAAAGAGCUAACAGCAAACCCCAAUUCUCGUAUAAUGUAAUUUAGCAAAUUGUAAACCCAAUAUAGGCAGACACUCUCUCGCAAAACAAAACCCCGAAUAUCAGGCGAGGAUUGCUGGCAGAUUAAUGAAUUUAUAGGGGAGAGUCUCGAUCGGGAGUCGAGCGUUACCUAUCGAUAAUGCUAGCGAAGAAUUGUAGCCCCAGUGUGUACUUCUCUGUACAUAGACCUAUAUAUAUAAAUACUUACGAUUAUGACUAGAGCAAAGCAUACGACGAUAGAUGAAUAUAGGAAUAUAGGGAAACAAGGCAUAUAUACAUAGCAGAUAUGGAAAGAGAGCGCAAAUUAUAUAGAUACUACUACUGCAUCACUCAUCAAGAUCAAAGCCGAAGAUCGUAGUCAGAGCAAACACUUCGAUGGAGAGGAGGAGGCAGAGCAGAGGAGUCUAGAUCCCCAGACAACCAAAAAACCAGAC